UGGGAAGUGGUGAAUGAGUGCACACUUCAGCAGAAAUGAGAUGUUAUUGGGAUGCAUGAAGAAUAUGAAGAAUGCAAUGAAGAAUAUCCCUUGCUUGUAAUGCUGAAAUCAGUUUAGUUAACCCUGUGUUGGUGUUUCUUUCAGGGUGGAUGUCAACGGUGACCCAACUCAACGCCCUUGGUGGUCCAGAGGCAGAGAGUCAGAACAUUGUUCAGAGCUUUGCAGAGGUACUUGGUGACAAGUACCACUACGAGAAUACCAUCAACAGCUCUCUGCUCUGGACUGUUGGGUACACCCCUUACAUUCCCCCAGCUCUGAAAGGAAGAAGCUUCCCUUCUGUCGAGAGCUUCUUCCUGGAUGAGUGGGAUCCACUGACACUCCUGCAGACUCCUCAGGUUCUGUCCACCAGUGUUUCCAUCGAGGAAGACAACCUGAUCCAGUCUGCUGCAGGCCUAGUGUUUCUGGUUCUGUCCACCAGUGUUUCCAUCGUGGAGAAUGACCUGAUCCAGUCUGCUGCAGGCCUAGUGUCUCAGGUUCUGUCUACCAGUGUUUCCAUCGUGGAGAAUGACCUGAUCCAGUCUGCUGCAGGCCUAGUGUCUCAGGUUCUGUCCACCAGUGUUUCCAUCGUGGAGAAUGACCUGAUCCAGUCUGCUGCAGGCCUAGUGUCUCAGGUUCUGUCCACCAGUGUUUCCAUCGUGGAGAAUGACCUGAUCCAGUCUGCUGCAGGCCUAGUGUCUCAGGUUCUGUCCAGCAGUGACGCUAGAGUGAAGGAUCGUGAUGAUUCCACACUGAGAGACUCCAACCAACCUGAGGUCCAUGUGGCUGAUGUCUCAACCAAGAGAAGUAGACUAGUCAUCACUAUUUCUAUGUUUUCAUCCGAGAGUGGCAAUGCUUCGGUCCAUGAAGUUGAUGCUAUUGCUACCAGCCUGGAGCACUCUGCUGAGAAAAUGUCUACCUCUACCGCUAAUGGCCAUAUUGUUUCAUCCACUGCUGUAGCCAAUCAGAAGAAAACAAGGGGUGGAUUCAUCUCAUCUCUACGGAGACUGUUCACAAGAAAGAACAGGAUGCCUGCUAAAGUGGCAUCAAAGAAGGAGCACGUUCACUUGGUUGACCGCCUCAAUGCUGAAGUCACCCACUGAGGACACUCACUCACUGCUGAAGGCAUCCAGAAUGAUGCUUCUGUUUCUCCUCAACACCACCUACACCCCUGCCCCUCUCCCCCACACCAAACCCUACCAGGGUUGAGGUGAAUUCCAGAUCAAUUCAGUCAAUUCAGCAAGUCAACUGAAAUUCCAAUUCCAAUUGUUUCUCAUAGGAGGCAAUGAGGUACAUUUGAAUUGCUAUUGGAAUUUCAGUUUACUUACUGAAUUGACUGAAUUGAAAAUGAAUUGACCCCAACCCUGAUCCCUAAGCCUCCACCCCAUCCAUUUCUAUCUUCAGUAAAUUUUGUAGAAUUUUAUUUGAAGUUGUUUUGGAUCUUCAUUAAAACCACAAUACAUCUCUAAUGAGAGUCACUCAUGUUACACAUCUAGAUUUAUCAUCAAAUAUCGUAGAAUUCAACAACAAAUGCAGAAAAACUGAAAACUUUUGCUGACAUUCGGUUACAAUGUAACUACACUGAACAAAAAUAUUAGCGCAACAUGUAAAGUGUUGGUCCCAUGUUUCAUGAGCUGAAAUAAAAUCCCAGAAGUGUUCCAUAUGUACAAAAA